AUUUCAACUCGCAUCCUCGUCGUCCCGUACGAGUUUUUGACGCGGGCGAGUGUUUCGUGGAGUAUCGGAAGUGAAGUAAAUUGUUGGGCGUUUGUGCUAACGUUCGUCGUCAGUCGGAUGCGAUGUAUUGUGCGAAGUUGUGUCGCGUUUAAUCGUGUUUUGCAUCUUCUCCGCUGCCUCAUAUCCCGAGUUUCUGUUUUUAUUACCAAAGAACAAUUCGUGAUCCCAUUUCGCCUGAAACUCGACUACACAUAACACUGCGAUUUUUAGUAUCAGGAGAUAGCACGAAACCGAUAUCGUAAUGACAAUUAUUUGAUGAAUUAGUAAAAUUAAUUAUUAAUUACUUAAUUAAGUCUUUUGUUUUUCUUCGUGACAACACGUGAAAGACGAAUGCGCAAAAGUUAUUCCAGUGAAAACGAAAAAAGAAAACGGCGGAAUCGGUAGAAUAAAACGACUACCAAUCACAAACGUUCCGCAAUUUCGCCAUUCCGCAUUCCAUGUGAGCGCACCCUUAGAACCCACUGCACUCGAAGACGGUAGAAUACUUACGUUUGGAAUUUUGCUGGCAGUGAAUUUUGGAUUACUGCUAAGUGUUCCAAAACUUGUAUAAAAAUUUUGAAAAAUGCUUACCAAAAUAAAACAUAUUUUCUGCAAUUAAGUUAAACAGUAAAUGGAAUAAACAUAAAUAUUGUUACGUACACAUUUGAAUUUUAAAACAAUAUGGCGCGCUCAGUGCGUUUCAGUGCGUCUGCUCAAGCUUCCUUUUCUGCACAUCGAUACGCGAUUCAAUUAUCUUCUGCCCCCAUGGCGGUAGCCGGUAUGCGGUAACCUGUGAAACAUUUAUAUCAAUUACAUUUACGUGAUAUUUAAAUUUUGCAAUUUGUAUAUUAUUCCACGACCCUGUAUUGCAUCGUUGAUCGCACAGUGUUACGAAACAUCAAAGAAACGCGCGAUGGUCGAGGAAUCGGAGCAGCAGUUGCCGCCGAUAGACGUGAAGGAGCCGCUGGACCUCAUAAAGCUAAGUCUGGAGGAGCGGAUUUACGUGAAGAUGAGGAACGAAAGAGAACUUCGAGGAAAAUUGCAUGCUUUCGACCAGCAUCUGAACAUGGUGCUGGGCGACGUAGAGGAGAUUAUAAACAUAGUGGAAAUUGACGAGGAAACAUACGAGGAGAUCUAUCGCCAGAAAAAGAGAACCAUCCAGAUGCUGUUUGUUCGUGGAGAUGGUGUCAUCCUGGUGUCUCCGCCUACAUAAAAUCACCAUGAUGCAACCUCUCGUGUGUGAAGCUGUAAAUAUAGUCUGUUAAUAAUUUACAUUGUGGGAUUUUGUUUUGUUGAAAUAUUCAAAGGAUUUACAGUUUCAUAUUCGAACUGGGUGCCUAAAAAAAAUUGAAAAAGAUUUCAUCUCAGCAAUUGCUCUAUUUAUACUAUACAUAUUAUAAUACGCUAUAACUUUAUGUGUAAUGAAUUUACAUGAAUGACCCAACUAGAUGAUAAUAAAAAGUGUAUUUUAUACAUAAUACAUGUGUAAAAAAAAA